AAUCAGAAACAUUGCAGGCGUACAUGAGAAUCGGGAGUGUGUCUGCGGAUCGAGACGACUUCAGCUGACUUUUUCCUUGACCGGCGAGACGAGCACAUCUUAUUUGAAAGGAGGAAACUGUAGUGCUGUAGUAAACAAUUCCAUACUCUGGUCAAGAUACGUCGGCCGGAAAUUUUCUGCACACCAAUGAUGGACAGUUUCAGAAGACUCGACGAUUUCGAAAAUCACGCCGUCAGUGUACUGCCGCCUAGCAUAAGGGAUUACUACGUCAACGGUGCUGGCGAAGGACAUACUUUGAAAAUUAACAGAGAAGCCUUCAGAAGACUACGAAUACGUCCUCGCCUUUUGCGAAAUGUGGCCAAUCGGGAUAUCAGCACCACAGUCCUUGGGCAGAAAGUGUCGAUGCCACUGGGCGUUUCUCCAACAGGGAAGCAAAGAUUAGCUCAUCCCAGUGCAGAAUGUGCCACCGCUAAAGCUACCGAAUCGGCAGAGACGGUUUUCAUUUUAUCCGCCUUUUCCAGCACCAGAAUCCAGGAAGUGGCGAAAGCUGCGCCGAAAGGUAUAAUGUGGAUGCAAACGAUGCUGCACUCGGAUCGCGAUUGCACACUUCACUGUGUGCGAAGAGCAGAAGAAGCUGGCUUUAAAGCGAUAGUGCUGACCAUUGAUAAUGCAGUGUUACCGAAAAACAAGGCCCACAUUUUGGACGACAUUCCAGAUCUCAGUACUGCCGUGUACGAGGAUUACUUUCUGACCAAAAUGACCGCCGAAGAGAUGGGCAACGUCCAUCUUCAGAUCAGGAAGAUAAUCGACCAGUCCUUGACUUGGGAAGCUGUCGAAUGGAUGACAAGCGUCACCAAACUACCGAUAGUUGUGAAGGGUGUUUUGACGGCAGAAGACGCAUUACUGGCUGUGAAGCACGGGGCGAGUGCUAUUCUCGUUUCCAAUCACGGAGCUCGGCAACUCGAUGGAACACCGGCUCCGAUCGAAGCCUUACCAGAAGUCGUGAAAGCUGUUGGAGACAAAGUUGAGGUCUACGUGGAUGGUGGGGUCAGGCAAGGCAUCGACGUUUUCAAAGCGUUGGCGAUUGGCGCCCGAAUGGUGUUCAUCGGAAGACCUAUGCUUUGGGGUUUGGCUUGCGGGGGCGAAGAAGGUGCUCGUGCUGUCCUGGAAAUAAUGCGUCGAGAAAUCGAUGAAACGUUCGCUCUAGCAGGCUGCUCGAACGUGGAACAAAUCUCAAGAGAUAAAGAUCUGGUAGUUCACAAGUCGUAUUACAAUCGACUGUUAUGAUCCAAUACACAUUGAAAUUAAAAAAUACAUCUAAACAUUGUGAAUCAGCA